AAUAUUGUUAACUCAAACUUCUUUGAAAAACAAACAAUGAGGUUCAGAAGUCCAUCCUCUAGAAGAUUCCGAUCCCACCCAUCCCAAAGGCAAAAUGGUUUUCAACAUGAACUGAUGCAUGAGGUUAAUGGGAAGGAAAGUUUAUGCAAUAAUGAUGAGCACUAUGAAGGUGUCUCUGAAUCUGUAUCAUCAACAAAUGAUAGUCCUACUGAUGGUGAUCUGCAAGUGUCUCAUGAGGUAGUUCCUGUUAUGAAAAUUGAAAUUCUGAAGUCUAGCAACGAGGUUAGCCGUUGGAAGAAAGGUUCCAAAAUGCUUUUGAUGCUCUUUUCCAUUCUACUUGUAGUUCUCAUAGCACUUAUAUGUAGUAAUAGUUGGGAUGAAGGUGAUCAUCUUGUCCCAACAUGAAACUCCUUUUGUUAGGUUUUUUUUUUUUUUUUUUUUUUUU